UUAACCUAUUACGAAGCAGUCCAAAUUGUUAUCUGUUACGGUUGUGUUAUCUGUGCAAUAAGCUUAGUUUGACUGUUCCGGUUGUCAACAUUUCUUUCACGAUUGAGGUGUCACUUUGUGAAGUUCACAAUGGGGCGCCGACCAGCGAGAUGUUAUCGGUAUUGUAAAAACAAACCUUACCCAAAAUCUCGGUUCUGCCGUGGUGUACCAGAUCCUAAGAUCCGUAUCUUCGAUUUGGGUAAGAAGAAGGCUGCAGUGGACGACUUCCCUCUGUGCGUGCAUCUGGUAUCAGACGAGUAUGAACAGCUGAGUUCCGAGGCCCUGGAGGCUGGUCGUAUCUGUUGUAACAAGUACCUCGUGAAGAACUGCGGCAAGGAUCAGUUCCACAUCCGCAUGAGGCUGCAUCCAUUCCACGUUAUCCGCAUCAACAAAAUGUUAUCGUGUGCUGGAGCUGAUAGGCUCCAGACAGGGAUGAGAGGUGCCUUUGGUAAGCCUCAAGGCACCGUAGCUCGAGUUCGCAUCGGCCAGCCAAUCAUGUCGGUGCGCUCCAGCGACAGAUGGAAGGCGCAGGUUGUAGAGGCUCUGCGUCGUGCCAAGUUCAAGUUCCCUGGCCGUCAAAAGAUCUACAUCUCCAAGAAAUGGGGUUUCACUAAGUACGACCGUGACGAGUUCGAACAGCUGCGUGAGGAGGGCCGUCUAGCCAACGACGGAUGCAACGUGAAGUACCGCCCGGAACAUGGACCCCUCGACUCGUGGAGGAAGGUCCAGACGGAGAUACAUAACGUUUAAAUGUGCUCCCCAUAAAUAAACUUUUAAUUACAUACAA